GUGAAUUCUUUCAAUCCCCUGUCUUUCCCCUUCUCCCCCCUCCAUCACGAUGAACGCACCGCCACCUUCUACCAUGGAAUCACAUCUCAGCCGUAAUCUAGUUUUUAGUCUCGCCAGUCAUCUGAAGCGAAGGCCUCACAAUGGUUCUCAAUCCCUGCUCAGGAACUAUGCCCAAUCAGGCGGCACCGCAGGUCUCCAACAUGAUUGACGCCGUCGGAUUGGUGUCCCUUUUCCUCCCUCCAUCGGCCUGGAUAAUCGGAUUGUUCUCUUUUGGAACACGAACGUCUACUAUGCCUAUCCCGGCAGGUGAACAAUGGACGAUGCGAUGCGAUGGCCAGCUGGGCGCUGAUCGCGAUUGCUCGACAUCCAUCCAAUCUGAUCAUCCAGGUUUGACGGCGGGGAUGAUUGACACCAAGGCAACGCAACCCCUCGUCUCGCAAUCUAAGCCGUCUAUCCUAAGUGGAUUGGCCUCUUUCGGCCUAAUCCCUUCCUGUCUAGUCUGGUUCUCAUCAAUGUCGGCCUGAAAUGCUACGGACGUGAACGAACUGGUUCGUCCGCUUCGGUUGGAAGGGAACUAAGAGAGGGCUAAGAGCCGGGUUCGGCGCGUGCCAUGCCAUGCCAUGCCAUGUUCGUCUCCUCCUCCCCACUCCAUAAGCGCUGGGCGAGAUUCGGCUUAAGGCAAUCAAUUGCGACAAUCAAUCAUAUCCGUUGAUUCCAUCAAUACUGGCUGGACUAGUCGUGGUAAUGCGAUUGUUAUACCCAUGUCGUUCCGUGCCUAUGUCGGUGUCUGUGCAUGCUAUCGUCAUCUUGCCAUCUUGUCAUCUCGUCACUGUGGCUGUCGCCCGUUAGCGUUAGUUUCUUGAUUUCUGGUUUCUGAUUUCUAAUUCUCCCGCCUUAACUCCGUGCGCUGCGUUUCGUUGGUCGGAUUUCUGUCUCCAUGCGCUGCGCUGCGAUGCGAUGCAAAGGCAUAGGCACCGUUCGGAUCAACGCUGAUUGAUUAAUUGUUAGUGGGCGGUUUCUUUUCGAAUGAAUUCUACUCCAAUCAUGUCGCUUGACUUGCCUCGGGUGAGGACAAGAGCCAAGCCCCGAUAACAAUGCGCCAUGACGCGCUGAACCGAACCUUCUCCGUUGACCACGACCAACUUUACGGCUGUGCGGUCCAUCCAGCUGAGUCGAUGAACUAUUUGAAUCUAAGAGAUCCUUUGAACUAGCAUCCGGCUGAAAUUCAGAGCGACUCAACCAAUGAUAGGCCGUCGCCGUAACGCCGCGAUAGAAUGCAACUUCGGAGGGGCAAAAGAUCCAGCGAACCCCUCCGCGCCAGUUGCAAAUCCAUGCACAACGACCCAUAAUUGCCCCCACUUGGGUGUCCUGCUCUGCCCUGUCCUGCCCACAUGUUCGAUAGCCUCAGCUCGAGAUGAACGAAGUACAGCCAGACACAUGGGCGGGAAUGGGGCCGGAUGGAGCGGAUUAUUGAAUCUUAGAUUGUAGAUCGAUCGGUCUAGUGAUCAUCUCGCAGUGGGUUGACGCGCAAAUCCCGAGGGUUACAUGCGUUGAUUACAAGGCCAAAGUCUAUAGAGAAAGAUUGAAUAAUUGGGUUUGAGGACACCGAAGAGAUCCGAAGAAGAUCGAAACUACAGUCUGCCAUAAAUCAUGAAAUCGAAAAAUGAGAAGCCUUCGUCAGAUCAGGGUUCGUCAGAUCGCUUGAAAGAAAAAGAAAAGAAAGAUAGCUAGGGAAGAAGGGGAAAGACAAACGAAAGCCCCUGAUCCCCGAUCCCUGCACCUCGCAAAAACCAGUUCUUCUUUCACACUUUCACAUUUUCUUGCUUUGCUGUACCUUGCUGUGCAUAGUCUAUCAUACCUUCAUCCUACCUUACCAUCGACCAUCUGUUUUCUUUUCCCGCAAUGUUCCUUUCCUCCCCAGGCCUCAAAGACCCAAAGCUCAGAUAACUACAACCAAAAACCAAUUGCAGUUCCCACACCGAUAUUUCUCUCUCCUUCGCGCCCUGUCUACUGUCUGUCUACCCAUCUGUCAUGCCAUUUCAUCACAAUCACUUCGUAUCCCCGCUACCUACCUGCAUGGGCAAGACAGGGCAAAGAAAAAGCCCUAACACCCAGCGUGCGUGCGUGCAUCAUCACCACACUACCCAGUCACUGUGCGACACAAACAUUUGCAUCUCCGACUGACUUGUGAUGGGGAGUGAAUACAUACAGAAUACACUUCUGCAGGGUGGUGUACAUUAGGUAGUGUCGAGACGGUGGGUUGGGUUCGGUUGUGUUGGGAUUUGGACUGAGGGUAUGGUUACUUCUUCCUUCUUUUCUUUCUUUCUUGGUUUCCUUGGGUCUGUAGGUUGCAUCAAGGGAUCAUACCGUGGGAACCGUAGGAUAUGGUGAGGCUUGGUUAAAGACAAAGGAAUAUGCUUAAAUGUGACAACCAGACAGGGGGCCCGUGGCCUGUCUAGGAAGGAGGAUGUGGCUAAUUGGAUUUCGGUCUUUCUGUCUGAGUAUGUCCCUUUAUUUUGACUCUUAAUCCUAGUUUCUUCCUUUCUUUGUUCUUGUCUUUGCCCCCGUCUGGAGAAAUGACGAAGUGAAC